AUGACAAGUUCACCCUAUCGCACUACUCGCAAUCCCCCUCUGAGCGCGUCACGUUUGCAAGAAAUUGGGGCAGAUGUGAAGUACUACCCUCGCCCUACUGACGAGGCCGGCUGGGGUGAAGAAGAGGCCGGCACUUGGCUCUCGCAUGCCGACAGGCUGUUAGAGCAAUGCCAGUUCCUGGCUGGGAAGAUCGAGGCGCAGAAACAGAGGGCUGCCGCGAAGGAUGAAGAAGUCAAGCGGAUAUCUUCUGACAACAAGUCGCUAGAGGCGCAAAACAAGUCGAUGGAGGAGCAGAUCAAGUCGAUGAAGGAGCAGAUCAAGUCACUGCAAGAGAAAGUUCGGGCAUUGGAGAAGACGGUGCCAGAAGUGUUGCCAACCCAAUCGGAGCGAGUUGAAGGAGUUGGAAGCGCUCCUGGCGCUAAAAAGAACAGAGACACCGAAAAAUCAGACCCACAGAGUCUGAAGAAGAGGAAGCCGAAUGAUGGCUGA